AUGAGGUCUGAUUCUCAUGAGACUCGUAAAAUAAAUUUAUCUGCCAGUCAGCAUAUUUGGCGUAUAUCCGCUGGUCAAAAGAUCUCGUCUUGGGAAAUGCUGCGUUCCUGGAUCACUUCAAUACUCUUCAUUCUUGGUUUUAUCAGCAUUGCUGUGAAUUGCAGUUUACAAUCUGACCGAUUCGACAGGCAAGAUCGCGACUACCGACCAUUGCAGUUCGGCAAACGAGAUGGUCAUCGACCAUUACAGUUUGGGAAGAAAAGCUUUCGACCGCUACAGUUCGGAAAGAGAGGUAUGGACGAAGCACCAGACUACUUCUAUGAUAUUUGA